AUGCGUAUCGCUUUACUCUUUGUUUCUCUUGUCUUUUUUACACUUUUGUCUUAUGCCACAGCAGACACGUAUGCUUUCAAGUAUGGGUUUAAACAAAAGACUGCUCAAGACUUUAUGUUACCUAGAAAAGUGCGAUCAUCGUCGCCUUGGCUUUUGUUCUUUACAGAUUGGCUUCAUGACUUGCCAUCAGUAUUUGCCUUGACAUGCAUGAAAAUAACUUAUUAUUUUGUCUUGCUCUAUAAUGCACUGCAUGAUGUUUACCUCUCUCAACUUCGACUACCCACCCUGUACGCACCCAUUGAUCCCAUUUAUCACCAGCGUAAUAUUUCAGCUAUCAUUUAUCAACUGGAAACACAACGCCACGAAGCUAGAUUGGUGCAUAAGAAAUGGGUUCAAGACUCUUUUGAGAUUCAUGACAUUCUGGUUAAUUUUGUACAAAAUCAGCUCAACGAAUGGCAGCACCUCAUGACUCAAUGGAACACUACACACCAUAUCAACCAGGCCUUUCUUGAGUAUGAUUGGAAAAUGGCCAAUCAAAGCCUUCGUCAACUGUAUCGUACUGGCUAUUACAGCACACUGCAACUUAAGCCUAGAUUGAGUCAUGUGCCUUUGCGGAUUGAGCCCUAUAAUCAGGCUUUAUUCCAGCAAUUGAUGGCCUACUUGCAUCAACUCCAUCAGAUCCAGAUAGAUCAAACCAAGCAUGUGUUGGUUCGUCAUCUGAAUUUUGUGAGACAUGAUACGUACCUUCAACUCUAUCAUUCUUUUUUGGCCAGAAAGCAAGGUAAAUCGUAUGCAUUACAUCACGUGACUCUAUCGCCUUUUGUGUUGACUCGCCUCAACAAGAUCUGGAAAGAAGAUCCAGAAAAGACAGUGCCUUAUUAUUUUUUAAAAAAAGCGACACCUUUACAGCUGAUUUGGUUCCUUGUCAAGUUUAUAUGGACUUGGGUGAUAGACUAUAUUUGUGUUUGUUUAGGGAGCUAUCAUCAAAUGGAAAGAGAAAAAUUGCUUCAUCAGUUGGAUAUGUCAAUUGAGAACCUUGUUCAUUUUGAAUAA